GGUGACUUUGUAGAUAGAGGUUAUUAUAGUCUUGAGACUUUCACUUACCUUCUUGCACUAAAAGCUAAGUGGCCUGAUCGUAUCACACUGUUACGAGGCAAUCAUGAAAGCAGGCAGAUAACACAAGUGUAUGGAUUUUAUGAUGAGUGCCAAACCAAAUACGGAAAUGCGAAUGCUUGGAGAUACUGUACCAAAGUCUUUGACAUGCUCACAAUAGCAGCUUUAAUAGAUGAGCAGAUUCUCUGUGUGCACGGUGGCCUCUCUCCAGACAUCAAGACACUCGAUCAAAUUCGAACCAUUGAACGUAAUCAAGAAAUCCCUCACAAAGGCGCCUUCUGUGACCUUGUGUGGUCCGAUCCAGAGGAUGUCGAUACGUGGGCGAUCAGUCCGCGAGGGGCAGGCUGGCUCUUCGGUGCAAAGGUGACGAAUGAGUUUGUUCACAUCAACAACUUAAAACUCAUCUGCAGAGCGCACCAGCUAGUUCAUGAAGGCUAUAAAUUCAUGUUUGAUGAGAAAUUGGUAACGGUAUGGUCUGCUCCGAAUUACUGCUACCGCUGUGGAAACAUUGCGUCAAUCAUGGUCUUUAAAGAUGUAAAUACCAGAGAACCAAAGUUAUUCCGUGCAGUUCCAGAUUCAGAACGUGUAAUUCCUCCUAGAACAACCACACCGUAUUUCCUCUGAGACCCUUCCCGCCUGCUGUCUCCCUCUUCCCUCGUACUGUCCCUUUACAAUAUACUUUUUAUUGAGCACUUUGCUGCUGAAAUGCUGCCUCUUGCCUUUUUUAUUUUUAAAUUAUCUAAAUUUAUUGUGUAUUAGGGUGUCUGUAGCAAGUUUCUUUUUUUUUUCCCCCCCUCCCUGCCCUAGAUUAAUUUCAGCGUAUUUGUCAUACGUCCUUGAAAUUUAUACUACUGCAUGUAGUUCUUACGUAUUUCUGGGUUUAGAUGAA